CAGUGACUGACCUCAAUUGAACUGAAUAUUUACUCCAUUUAAUCGACUAUAUUUUGUUGUUUUGCCGUGUCUUCUGUGGGUAUUUUCAUUGUUAGAGUGCUGUGAUCAGACAAAUUAGAAAAAGAAGAAGAUCAUUAAGACCAUGGCUAAGGUACUUGUUGGGAGUUCUAGAGUGGUGUGUUAUAUACCCAGUAUGAGGGCUGUAUCUUCACGUAUGCGUCUAUUCGCAAGUUACAGACAAUCACAACAUACUGCUGCUUUGGAACAACACCGAGAUCCUAGGGACCGAGAGUGGCCAGAUAUCAAGCUAGGUCUUCUGUCUCCACCUGACAGAAGAUUCCCCAUGCCAGGUAAUAUUGGGUUAUCUGCCUCCGCACCAUCCCCGUUGGCAGCAGCUAUACCAGUACAUUCAUUAGAUAUUACUACGCUACCAACAAGACACGAGAAACAGGUUAUGAUCAUGGAACAGUUUUUCGAAUCAGAGGAGGGGAAAGCAAUUAUAGAAAAGAGUGAACAGUCAUCCUCCAAAAAGAUACCCAAUGUACUAGAGUGUGUUGCCCAGGAUUGUCCCAGUAAACUCAGAAAAGGUUUUAUGGAACUAUUUCCUGAGGGGGAUUUGAUUGAUGAUAAUUUGACAGUGAUCACAUUAUGUCAGAAAACCAAAAACGAUAUGAGUGGAUGGAGUCCUUCAGUGGAGGAAGAAAGAGAUGAACUGACAUCAUAUUUUAUAACUGGUGCUCAAGAAAUCUGUGAUUUACUUAAAGCAGAAGGAUACUGGGCUGACUUUGUGGAUCCAUCUUCGGGGCUUGCUUACAACGCGUCACACACCAAUGCCACCCUAUUUGAAACAGAUGAAAGAUACAAGCAUUUUGGUUUUGAAAUAAUUGACCUUGGUUGUUGUAAAGUUUUGAGUCAUCCCUUGUGGGGUACGCAUGCAUUUUUAGGAAGUCUAUUUACCAGCGCACCAACAGACAGCCCAAUAAUGAAGAAGAUUAUGCAGAGUCUGAGAAAAGAUUAGUACAAUCUCCAAUUUAGUACUUCCUGCACCACCGCAAGGUGUAUUUCCUUGCACUGUGUAUGCUAAAAACUUGUCUAAACUGAAGAUGCUACAGUGUACUAAGUUAUAUGACUUGAGCAUCUCUGUAAACUAUAUUUUUCAAUAUCGCCAGGGUCUCCAGUUUAAAUAGGUUUCUCCUUAGUUUUGUCAUCAUUACACAAUAGUAACCACAAUGCAUUGCUGUUCAUGUGCAGGUACAGUGUAUUAUUUAUUCACCCCUAAUUUGAAUACGCAUGGAAGAACCACCCUUUGAGCAUGCUGGUUUGUGCACUCUAAUAUAUGUACAGAAAUUGUGUUUAUUGAGUCAAAUAUUAUGGUAUGUUCCAUUAUAAUUGUAAUUUAAAUGAGAUUAUUGAUGUCUGUUCUGAUGAAGAUUUGCAGUUUUCAGUUAUGCACAGAAUUUUUUGAUCAUGAAGCAUUUUUUUUUUUUAAAAAGACUCAGUAAUACAGUAUGGCCUCAUUAUAACACAUGUAUGAAAUACAGUGGUUAUUUUGUACUGCCUUAUUGUUAGUACCGUACCGGUAUACAAUAUAAUAAAAUAAAUUUUAUGUGUUUAGACACAUAUUCACUGGCCAUGAGUGCAACACCGUAUUCUCAGUCAUGCAAACAACUGAAUAUAAUUUUUUGGGGAAAGUCUGUAUACUGAUACCUGUCAAUAGGUGCUUUAUAUUGCCUGAAAUAUGAUAUUGAAUUAGUUUUCAUACACAGUAGUCAUUUAAAUUUCAACAAUUACCUGUACACAUAUGCUAAAAUAUGAUUAAUAAAUAGUGACAUUUCUAGAUUUUCCAGAAAAAAAGUGAUAUUUUAUGCUCUUUACACUGUUAAGACUUGCAUGUAAUGUAAUGCAUUGAUACUAAAUUACUCUAUAAUGCAUAGUACAUAUGUGGGAAAAGCUAACACUGUAUAGAAUAUUUAGUAUUUAUCACUUUUACUGCUUAAUAUCUUCAUCAAAACUUGAUUUCAGGAAAUGUGUUCUUAGAAAAUUGGAUUUUCACAGAAAAAACAGUCAAUUUAGAUCAUUUUGAUGUUUGCAGCAACUACACUAGACAAUUUUGAUAAUCAUUCAAUUUGCAUGUGUUUCUGAGUGUGGAAUUUAAAUUAUUUUGUCAAUACUGAUGAGAGAAUUUUAAAUCCAACCCACCACUGUUAUUUCCUAGCUUGAAAUAACACUUGGAAAUAUCUCUCACAGUGUUCACCGCAAAUAAUGUCAAUGACAGUCACUGCUCCAAAAGCCAGUGUUUACUGUAUUAUUUACACUAGGAUUAUCAAUGUCUGUCAAACUUUAAUCCUAUGGCAGAAUAAAACUUUUUAGUAUAGUAUUAUGUUGGUACUAUUUAUUAUUGAUGAUAGCAGCUGCUUUCUAUAAGUUGGAUUUACUAAAUGCACAGUAAUUAUUUGCAAUUAUUUUUCAGCCGCAACCAUUAAAUGUAAUUUUUUUUUAUGUGCAUAAAUAAAGGUUUAUUAAUUUCCA